GAACGUUGGACCCGGAUGCCGCAGCCCUCACUCUCCAGGUACACCAAACCGCUCACCUUUGCCGACUGCAUCAGUGAUGAGCUGCCGCUAGGAUGGGAAGAGGCGUAUGACCCACAGGUCGGAGAUUACUUCAUAGACCACAACACCAAAACCACUCAGAUCGAGGACCCCCGAGUACAAUGGCGGCGGGAGCAGGAGCACAUGCUGAAGGAUUACCUGGUGGUGGCCCAGGAGGCCCUGAGCGCGCAAAAGGAGAUCUAUCAGGUGAAGCAGCAGCGCCUGGAGCUCGCACAGCAGGAGUAUCAGCAGCUGCAUGCCGUCUGGGAGCACAAGCUGGGCUCCCAGGUCAGCUUGGUCUCCGGUUCAUCAUCCAACUCUAAGUAUGACCCUGAGAUCCUGAAAGCCGAAAUUGCCACUGCAAAAUCCCGGGUCAACAAGCUGAAGAGAGAGAUGGUUCACCUCCAGCAGGAGCUGCAGUUCAAAGAGCGUGGCUUUCAGACCCUGAAGAAAAUCGAUAAGAAAAUGUCCGAUGCUCAAGGCAGCUACAAGCUGGAUGAAGCUCAGGCUGUUUUAAGAGAGACCAAAGCCAUCAAAAAGGCCAUCACCUGUGGAGAAAAGGAAAAGCAAGAUCUCAUUAAGAGCCUUGCCAUGCUGAAGGAUGGCUUUCGCACCGAUAGAGGGUCCCACUCUGACCUGUGGUCCAGCAGCAGCUCUCUGGAGAGUUCCGGUUUCCUGCUGCCGAAACAGUACCUGGACGUGAGCUCACAGACAGACAUCUCGGGAAGUUUCGGCAACAGCAGCAACAAUCAGUUGGCAGAGAAGGUUAGAUUGUGCCUUCGAUAUGAAGAGGCGAAGAGAAGGAUCGCCAACCUGAAGAUUCAGCUGGCCAAACUGGACAGUGAGGCCUGGCCUGGAGUGCUGGACUCGGAGAGGGACCGGCUGAUCCUCAUCAAUGAGAAAGAGGAGCUGCUAAAGGAGAUGCACUUUAUCAGCCCCCGGAAGUGGGCGCAGGGCGAGGUGGAGCAGCUGGAGGAACUGAGCCUUGGCAGCAGCACCCGGGAGAAGUACCAGCUGGAGGGACCUGGCGCGGAGGACAAGCAGUUGGGCCAAGCUGUGAAUACAGCCCAGGGGUGCGGCCUCAAAGUGGCCUGCGUCUCGGCUGCCGUGUCAGAUGAAUCCGUGGCUGGGGACAGUGGUGUGUAUGAGGCAUCUGUACAGAGACUGGGUGCUUCAGAGGCCGCUGCUUUCGACAGUGACGAAUCAGAAGCAGUGGGUGCAACCCGGGUCCAGAUUGCCCUGAAGUAUGAUGAGAAGAGUAAGCAAUUUGCAAUAUUAAUCAUCCAGCUGAGUAACCUUUCUGCUCUGUUGCUGCGACAAGACCAGAAAGUGAACAUCCGUGUGGCUGUCCUUCCCUGUUCCGAAAGCACCACCUGCCUGUUUCGGACCCGGCCCCUGGACGCCUCGGACACCGUCGUGUUCAACGAGGUGUUCUGGGUGUCCAUGUCCUAUCCAGCCCUUCACCAGAAGACCUUAAGAGUCGAUGUCUGCACUACCGACCAGAGCCUUAUGGAAGAUUGCCUGGGAGGCGCCCAGAUCAGCCUGGCCGAGGUCUGCCGGUCUGGGGAGAGGUCGACUCGCUGGUACAACCUCCUGAGCUACAAAUACUUGAAGAAACAGAGCAGGGAGUCCAAGCCAGGGGGAGCCUUGGCCCCCACCCCAGGGCCUGAAAGCACGGACGCCGUGUCUGCUCUGUUGGAACAGACAGCAGUGGAGCUGGAGAAGAGGCAGGAAGGAAGCAGCAGCCGGACCCUGGAAGACAGCUGGAGGUUUGAGGAGGAAACCAGCGAAAACGAGGCAGCAGCAGAGGAGGAGGAAGGAGAGGAGGACAUUUUCACCGAGAAGUCCUCUCCGGAAAUGGAUGAGUGCCCAGCGGUAAAGGUGGACAAAGAGACCAACACAGAAGCCCCGGCCCCAUCCCCCACAGUGGUGCGGCCCAAGGACCGGCGGGUGGGCACGCCGUCUCCAGGGCCAUUUCUUCGAGGAAGCACCAUCAUCCGCUCCAAGACCUUCUCCCCCGGACCCCAGAGCCAAUACGUGUGCCGGCUGAAUCGGAGUGAUAGUGACAGCUCCACACUGUCCAAGAAGCCACCUUUUGUUCGAAACUCCUUGGAGCGGCGCAGCGUCCGGAUGAAGCGGCCUUCCUCCUUCAGAUCCCUGCGCAACGAGCACCUGAUGCGCACCUCGCUGGACCUGGAGUUAGACCUGCAGGCCACGCGGACCUGGCACAGCCAGCUGACGCAGGAGAUCUCGGUGCUGAAGGAGCUCAAGGAGCAGCUCGAACAAGCCAAGAGCCACGGAGAGAAGGAGCUGCCGCCGUGUCUGCGGGAGGAUGAGCGCUUCCGCCUGCUGCUGCGGAUGCUGGAGAAGCGGGUGGACCGAGCAGAGCACAAGGGUGAGCUUCAGACAGACAAGAUGAUGAGGGCAGCCGCCAAGGAUGUGCACAGGCUCCGAGGCCAAAGCUGUAAGGAGCCCCCAGAAGUGCAGUCUUUCAGGGAGAAGAUGGCAUUUUUCACCCGGCCUCGGAUCAAUAUCCCAACCCUCUCUGCAGAUGACGUCUAAUCGCCAGAAAAGUAUUUUCUUUGUUCUCAUGACCACGCUGUGAACGUAGACUGUGGCUGAAGUUAUUUAUGUGGUGUUAUAUGAAGGUACCGAGUCACAAGUCCUCUAGCGCUCCUGUUGGUUUGAAGAUGAACAGAUUUUUUUAGUUUGGGUUCUAUUAUUAUUAAAAAACAAAAACAAAAAAACCAGCAUUAAAAUGACAAGAUUGUAUAGUUUGUAUAUUUAGGAAUGUAUUUUUGAGAAAGAAAAUUUAAAUGAAUUAAAGCAGUGUGAAGUCGCUGCUCUUCUUAAAAUAAAGUUGUUUAGAUUUUUCCUUUUUUUUUUUUUGUACAGCUCUACCUUCUAGAGGUUUCACUGCAAUAAGUAAGUAAUGUUUUGGGGACGGUAAUCCUCAAAGGACGUCCUCCAGAUAUCACAGCACAGCUGACCUUUCCUACUUAACAUAUUUUGUACACUAUUUUAAAAAUGCACAGGAACUGUUUGGGGGAUUCUGGGGUGCAUCCGUGAGUCUUCAUGAGCUGUGAUGUGUUUUUCUGUGGCCUCCUGUUGUGGAGUGGGCUGCGUGGAGCUGGCCACAGGCCUGCCCACACCGGUCUCAGAUGCCCAGUGAAGCCACUGAAGUGAGUGAGGGAGGGCUGCGGAGAAUUCCUUUCCGUUUUAUCUCCAUCAAUAAAGUGGCCUUUCUAAACGAA